CCUUUAAUAAUGAACGACAUUUUCCAGUCUUCUUAGGGAGUGUGGGUGAAGUAUUGAUCGUUGGAACUUGCGACACUCGCUAUAAAUCACUAGCGUUUUACCAGUUUGUCGAAACUUUAUUUUAACAAUUGUCGCUCGUUUCGGCAGUUAUGCUCCCAUCUUCAGAGGAAGCAACCCGAGCAUUGAGCCGGCAACGCUGCCCAAUGCAUGCUAAAGGUGCUUAGCUUAUCGAGCAAUUUUGUAGGAAAAAUGUUAAAUUAUCUAGUAGUUUUCCGGUGUAACUGAUUUGGACUCCUAACAGGCAUAUGUGAUACUAUUGGGAAAAUAUCAAGUUUUUCUCGGAAGAAAAUGUAGGUCAACUGGGAGUCGAACAUUAUUGCAAGCAUAAAUUGCAACUACAUCCAAGGGACGUCGCAGUGUCAACAUACAGACCCAAACACAGGGAAUGGGUCGCACCAAGCGGCACCGAAGCAAAAACCGGCACCAGCCGAACAGCCUCAACCUGAGCAACGAUCCUGCGGCCAUCAGCCUGAAGCAGUGGCUGAAAAGCCACGAAUUUGCUGAUCCGCUGAAGCUGCAGCUGCGCAGCUUUGCAGACACCGGCCGAGGCGUCACCUCCACUAAGUCCGUGCGGCCCUUAGACGUGCUGAUGCGUAUUCCCUUUGACUUGCUUAUCACCUUUGAUACGAUCCGGAAAUCGAAGUUAGUGGGCCUGUUGACGCGACCUUUAUCCAUCCAGACGCUUCUAGCCUUGUUUCUGGUCAAGGAGAGGCACAAAGGAGCGCAGUCCGAAUGGAAGAGUUACAUUGACUCGCUUCCCUAUCCCGAGCCGGGCUUGCCCUGGAUGGAACAUCCGGAUGAGAUCGAGCUGUAUCCUGAAGACCUCAAAUAUCUGGCCAGGAAUCUGCAAGGCAACUUCCAGGAGUGUUUGGAAAGCGCCAGGAAGGCCUUGGCGGUUGACAAAGGCUUGGAGUACCUUCUAGAGGAACCUUCGUUAAGGUGGGCGUAUGUUCUGGUCAACACCCGAGCGGUUUAUGUUGAUCCGGAGUAUUUGAUGUCCAAGGACAGUUCCAAUGUGGAGCUGUUGGCGGACGCCCCGUUUCUGGCUUUGUGUCCAUACCUGGACCUGAUUAAUCACCAUUAUUUGGCCAAAACGAAGGCCACAGUGGUGAGUGUUGAAGGCCGCGCGUUCUAUGAACUUGCAAGUUUGAGUGGCUUUAAACGGUAUGAGCAGUUCUUCAUUUCCUACGGCGCACACAGCAACGAAAAGCUGCUGAUGGAGUACGGCUUCUUCAUCCCGGGGAACCUGUUCGACUUUGUCCGGAUCAGCCUGCAGGAAAUCCUGGACAGUGUGGCCGUUUCCCUGGAUGAUCGACAGUACAAGUACAUAAAGAACUACGAGUUCCAUGCGGAUGAUCUCUACGUGAACGAAAACGGGGCUUCUUUCGUGCUCAAAGCCAUCCUCUUCGUCGGUUCCUACCCGAAUAUUGUCGACUAUGCUUCAUACAUAUUUAGCAAUCGGUACCCAAACGACUUUGAGCAGGUUCUGAGCCUGAGCACCAGGCGACUGCUGGAGUUCAAACUGGCAGCCUACAGGAAGGAUGUGAAAAUCCUGCCGAAAUCCAACAGUGAAGUGAUGAACGAUUUUCUGCGAUACCGCGUGCAGUAUGUGGAGCGAUUGUUGAACUUGCUGGACGAAAAUAAGUUGUGUUUUUCCUAAUCCUCUGUGAUUGUUGGCAGCCAAAGAACAAGUGCUAAGAGGGGUGAGCGGGCUAUUGUUCGGAGCCGCAUUAAAUGCUCAUUUAGCCACACUUGUGUGGAGGGUGGGUUUCAGCUGCCUUUGUUUGCGCUCUAUUGGAAAUGCAUUCAUCUCAACUCUGUAAUGUUUGGAAUUAUUGUUUGGACCGAGCACAUGUUUUAUACAGGGUUUCCUAAAGACGAUAUGUUCCAAAAAUGAACCAAAAUACAAAGUAUUUAAAGUACCA